AUGGGCGCCAUUGGCUGUGAACUCCUCAAAAACUUUGCAAUGAUGGGAGUGAGUUGUGGCUCCGGCACUACCUGGGUCACCGACAUGGACAGAAUCGAGAGGUCCAACCUCAACAGACAAUUUCUCUUCCGUUCCACCGAUUUGAUGCGCCCUAGAUCGACUACCGCAGCUCGAGCAAUCAAGGAACUGAACAAGGACAUGAACAUCCAGGCAUUGGAGUAUCAAGUCGGCCAUCCUACUGAUUUCUAUUUCAACGACCAGUUCUACGUUCGACUAGACUUGGUCCUCAUUGCCCUCGACAGACUUGACGCACGCAAGUUUGUCGAUCUCAAAUGCCUGUACUACCGACUCCCCAUGAUCGACUCGGGUACUCACGGAACAAGGGGGCACUGCCAGCCUGUCGUUCCCCACCUCACCGAGUCAUACUCCUCCAACGACCCCAUCAGUCACGACUUUGCCUUCUGCACUGUCAGACACUUCCCCAACUCCAUUGAACAUUGCAUUUAG